AUGGAACGAGUGUUCCAACUGGCGGCGGAGAGGCCGGUGGUGAUGUUCGGCAAGAGCACUUGCUGCAUGUGCCACACCAUCAACACCUUGUUCCGCGACUUCGGGGUCAACCCGACCGUCUACGAGCUCGACCACAUCCCCGGCGGCCGCGAGAUCGAGCACGCACUGGCUCGGCACGGUGCUGCCGUUGACUUUCCUGUGGUGUUCAUCGGCGGGAACCUUGUUGGCGGCGCCAAUGAGAUCAUGACCCUUCAUCUCAAUGGUUCCCUGUCUGCCAUGCUCAAACGAGCUGGUGCGUUGUGGCUCUGA